AGCAAAUAUAAAGUGAAUAGAAGACAGAAUGUUGAAUAAAUAAUGCAUGAAAACACGAACUACAGCGCAUGCUCGCCUGCUCAUCAUUGUUUCUUACUGAUAGCGCUUGAUUAUGUCGUAUGCGUUCGACGGAGUUUUUCUUUAUUUACUCGGCUUCAUUAGUCUAUUUGCUGGUUCUGCCUCAUCUCUACCUAUUGAAGUACGAGCUGCACGUGACCUGAAGAAAGAUGUCGAUCUCAAUCUGACGUGUUCAAAGCAGCUCUGCUUUACCAGCUGUGGUGUUUCUGGACUAGAGGACGUUCAGUUGCGUACAACAGGACUUCCUCUACUUAUAAAAUCGAAAACAAUGACUGUUGAUUUUUCAUUUGUUGCAAACGAGGUCAUUACUACUCUCGUCUUUACUAUAAAUGGUUCUGUAAGCAUUCCCAGGCUUCCUAACGUCACUCCUAUCUCUCUGUUUUCUUUUUUCGACCAAUGUGAUUUUGAAUCAUCAGAAUUUCAGUGCCCAUGGAUUGCUGGAAAAAGAGUGCAUUUCAAACGAAUCCUCAAUGUAGACAAUUUGUGGGAUGCCGUUCUUCAGGAAGGCAUGCAGGUGUCUGCAGUUGUGACAAUGUCUGAUCAGAAUCAGCAACUUCUUUGUCUGAAAGGAGAAGCAAUGACACAGUAGCUGUCGUCAGCAGAAAAUGCAUCCAUUAAUGGACAGCUAGAACAUCUUGCAUUGAAAAAGACUGUGCAAGCAUAUAGACCGUACGUAUUUAGUAGCACUAGUGGUUUCAUGCUAAUGACUUCAUAAAUUCUCAGAUCUGCAAUAGACUA